AUGACGAAUAGAAUUGCACGCAUUCUGAAUAUUGCAGUUGCACUGCUGCAAGCACUGGUUGGUGUCCAGAGCUUCGUUGCUCUCCCUCCAAUAAGUCAAAGUGGUCGAUUUGGCGGGUUUCUUCUUCAGGAAACGGCCAAAGAGACCCAACCCGACAGUACCGAAGAUGGUAUUGCCAAUGGUGCUCGCAUUUACUUGGACAUGGAAGUGGCAGGAGAAGCCAUUGGACGUCUCGAAUUUGAAAUCCCCAAUGUCAACUUGCUACCACUGCACACCGACAACAUUAUGAAACUCUGCACCCAAGCCAUGGCGUCCGUCGACCCACGCGUCAAAUACAUUGGCUGUGAAUUCCAGCACUCGCCUCAGUUUGUCGAAGGAUUUGCCCAGUACCGAUGGGGGCACACACUCAAUGGGAGAGGGAGGAAUGCCGUGGGACGAGCCGAAGAACGCAUUACCGAUCCAGAAAAUAUGAGGAAUUGCUUGCAUUCCGUCUAUGGAGGACAAUACUAUGGAUUGAAUUAUGACAAUGAAGUCCCCAAACAAAUCGUUGAUGGAGAAGACAGAACGGUCGUGCUAACGGUGCCUCUGGUAGGACCCGGCAGGGGAUCUACGGGUCUGGCGAUUGUGCGAGUGGGAGAGUCCCCACCGGAAUGGAGGGAACGCUUGCUCCUCAAUAGCGCUGUUUUGGGGUGGUUGGACCCUGAAUCUACGGAAACACUGCAUGCAAUGGCACGACAAACAAAAGGACCGCCCAAGGUGGUUGGAUCUGGAGUCCUCUAG